AUGCCGGCGGCGCGAGGCGUUAAACGUGCUGCGUCCAAAUCGUCCGCCGCUACGGCGUCAACGGCGGCUAAAAACAAGAAAAAACGUGGUGCGAUCCAAUGGGAGAUUCCAUCCGCUCCAAAGAAGAGGGGCCGUGUGCUAGCAUGUGGACAGGGCGACGUGGGCCAGUUGGGGCUCGGGGAAGAUGUUGUGGAGACCUCCAAAUUCAAGUAUGUGACCGCGCUGGGUGACAAAAUAGUUGAUGUGUAUGCUGGUGGCAUGCAUACAAUAGCUCUUGAUAGCAGUGGGAAGGUAUGGACGUUCGGCUGUAACGACGAGGGCGCGCUGGGGCGGGCGACGUCGGGAGAGAGCGAGGAGGGCACGCCGGCGGCCGUGCGGCUGCCCGCGCCCGCCGUGGCCGUCGCGGCCGGGGACUCGCACUCCGCCGCGCUGCUCAACACUGGAGAUGUUUACGCUUGGGGUGCUUUCCGGGACUCGCACGGCAGUAUGGGCCUAGUAGUCCGCGGCCGUGAAGGCAAGUCGUGUCGCGAGCCCGUGCACGUCGACAUCGGGGAGACUGCCGUCGCCAUCGCGUCCGGUGGAGACCAUCUCGUUAUACUCUCGGCUUCAGGAGGUGUGUACACAAUGGGUUGCGGGGAGCAAGGACAGCUCGGCAGACUGUCGCAGCGGUCCGCUUCCAGAGACGCUAGGCAGGGAUUCAGUGCCCUACUGGUUCCAUCGAAGGUGACGCUGAAGGCCGGCGGCGCCCGUAUCUGGGCGGGAUACCACGCCACCUUCGUACUCGACAACAAUGACAAGAUGCUGGCCUGGGGACUCAACAACUAUGGACAACUUGGUAUAACAGGCGAGAAGCGUAAGACGGCGAUAUUCUCCCCGACGGAGUGCGACGCGUUCACCGCCCAGCAGUGUAGCUGGCUACGGGUCGCCUGCGGACAACAUCACUCGCUCGCGCUCGACGCCGCCGGGCAGGUCUACUCCAUCGGACGGUGCGAGUACGGCAGACUUGGUCUCGGUGAUCGCGCGGGUGAUGCAGAGGUAUUGGAGCCAAUCCCUGCGCUUCAAAACAAGAAGGUCAUCAGCAUAGCCGCCGGGACCAGCAACUCAUUCGCCGUCACAGACUCCGGGAGCGUGGUGUCGUGGGGCAUGGGGUCGGAGGGCCAGCUGGGCACGGGCGCGUGUAACGACGCGACGGAGCCGACGGCCGCGGUGACGCCGGCGCUGGCCGAGCGCACGCCGCUACAUGUCUCCGCGGGGGGACAACAUACCGUGUUGCUUGUUGAGGACCCAAGCGCCCUAAAGGAAGCGUCCCCUCCCCCAGAAAGUGAAACUUCUGAACAGAAGGGCGACUCACAAUCUGCUGAGUCAGAGGAGGAGGAGCCCCGACCUGCCAAGCGGCCGAAGAAUGAACAGGAGGGAGAGAUCUCUUCCACCUCCAGCGCACAACCCAGCGAUGUAGGGGAGGAGGCUAAACCACAGGAUAAAAAGCGUGGCCCCCAGCCAGGGUCGUCUGCCAGCAGCGCCAAGAGUUCCCGGAAAAAGAAGGUGAACGGUGAUGAGAAGAAAGAAACACCAAUGGAAGUUGAUGAAACUGACACCCCACAACAAAAAGAGGAAGACGCAGAAACAGAAACAAAGUCAGCAGACGAACAAACAGACACGGAGCAGACCGAACCAGAGAACACACAGACGGAGGACUCCAAACCAGAGACUACCGACACCUCCAGCCAGGAGACCACGGACAGCGAUACCAAGUCUCAGGAACCAGACAAAACUGACGUAGAAAUGAGCGAAGAACGUACUGAAGUCAACGGCACGCCAGAGGUCGUCGAACCCAAGACUGUCGACGUCAUACCUACAGCCAACCCACUUACCACAACGGCGUGA